AUUAUUUUUUACUUAAAAAUGUAAUUAUAUUAUUUUUAUUUAUUGAUUGACUGGUACAGUGACUUUAUAGAUAAAAAUGCAACGUAUUGAAACAUGUUUAAUGAUAUAUAAAUAAACAUAAUAUAAAUACAAAUGAAUAUGUAUUAUAAUGCAAUUACAUAAUAUCAAUGUACUACAUUUAUAUGUGUUAUAUAAUAAUAUUAAUUUUUUUUUUUUAUUCUAAAACAAAGUUGUAUCACACAAGCGAAAUAGAGAUUUCUUUGUAUGAUGAUUGUCCUUACCAAAGUUCCCUCGAAAAUUUACAGUGGUAAAAUCCCACAACGUAUUGACAAAAGACAGAAAAUUUUAAGAUAAAACAUUUACUUAGUUUACUUCUCUUCCGCGAUUGAACGAAAGGGCAGAUAAGUAAAACAAUCGUGCACAAAGGAGACGGAAAAUACAUUCGUAUAUUAUGGUCUUAUUAGCACCUGUACGCAAUCUCGCUCGACAUUCGACAGAUUAACGUCAAAUCCAUAAGCUCGUCUCUCCGUGCAUCCGCUACGCCCCGGGUAACGGGAGAUCGUUGCCGAUUCUGACAAUCGGAGAGGAGAAUGUCGAGUGAAUGUUGCAGGUCCCCUGUAAGGCGACACAGGUACAUAUGGGCUCUCCCGUCGUGAAUGGACCAAAUGAUAUAAAUUAUUUAUAGAUUUCGACACCCAGAGAGAAGGAGAAAGAGGGACAGAAGCGGGCGCGGAGGGUGCGCGGAAUUGGGGUGCGUCGGGACCCCCCGGGGGGUUCGUUCGCGCAUCGAAAACCCCCGAGGGACUCCCCCGCUCUCCUCUUAGCAUAUGCAUUCUCGCUUCGAGAUCACCGUAAGCCUAUAUAAAAUUGAUUCCUAAGUACCUCGUAUUCGUUUCGGCCUCGUGUGUCUUUUAACACUUACGUAUUUGUCUCUUUCCACUCUCUGUGCUUUUUCUUUUUUCACAAAUAUGUCGUAAAUGAAAACAGUUGUGAUGAACAUUGUCUUUAAAGAACCCUUAAAAAAUUCUUUGAAAUUUCAAGAAAGAAAAGGUUUCUUCCAAUUUUUCCCUUGUCACAUUUUUUGGUUCAUAUUUUUUUCUUAAAAAAAAAAAAUACCACGUUUACUGGUUUUCCAUAUCAAUGGUUUUAAAGUUUCUUUUAUAUUUAAGAACUUUAAUAAAUAGGUAAUUCAAUAUUAAAAUCCAUUGUCAUUAUUACAGUCGUUUUUUCCAUAUUUUCCGAAAAAGAAUGGGAAAGAUUAUUUUUCGGAAAAUUAAAAAAACUCGAAUUACGAAUAUCGCAACGAGGUUAAAAUCCUCGAUCAUCUUCGGCAACGUAGCGAGUAUGACACAAACUAUGUUUUACUAAUAAAAAAAUUCUUUGUGUAUAAAAGGCAUGGAUCUUGAAUGAUUAUUAGCCAUUCUCGAAUAAACACAGAAAUAAAAAAAGCGUCGCGCAGUCGAGACCGACUGGACUGUCUUGAGGAACGAUUCAAUAAUCUCUCUGACUGUAUUAUACGUCGAACACUUUCGAGUUUUCGAUCUUGUAACAAAUCAGGCCGGGCCCACGAUCUUGCAGCUCGCCCCCCUGGGGUCCAAUCUAAAUCAAUGGGCUUGUGGGUAAUCGCAUAAUAAUUACCGUGGACCCCCUCUACCGCCCAUCUGUCGCUGACCGACGGGGUGUUCGACCCUCGGAAGAGGCAGGCACUCCACACACGGCGACACACCCGAUGAACAUGUCCCAGCAGGUCCCAUUGUCAAUGGGCACCGUUCGGAAUGUCGCGAAGAGUGGAGUCGCCCCUCGGCAGUCAUCAUUCUUUCUGUACCGCGUCACACGCCCGGUCGUGUACAAACCACCGCGAAAUAUAACAAAAUGAGGACAAUAUUUUUAAUCAGCUUUUGUCUCGGCCUAACAACCGGUCACUUUCGUGGACCACAUCAUCCAAGGAGCAGCGUGUCCCACCAUCAUUAUGUACCCGAAAAAGACGCGAUUAAAUUGACGCAAGAUGACGAGCUGCUUCACGAUACAACACAUUUGAAGGAAGAUAUGGGUUCUAUGGCCGAUCAACUCGAUUUUUCGAAAAUGACCGAACAAGAAAUAGAAUUCCAUUAUUUUCAGAUUCACGAUAUCGACAAUAAUACGAAGUUAGACGGAUUAGAAAUUCUUCACGCUCUUCAACAUACUUUGCAUGAGCAUGACGAAGAUGUGUUACAAUCGGAUCAAGACUGGAUUAUAGAGCUUAUAGAUAAAGUACUGGAAGAGGACGACUUAAACAACGAUGGAUAUCUAGAAUAUGUCGAGUAUGUGUUAGGAAGACAAAGAGAUCAUGCCGCACAAAAGAAACGCAACAAGCUCAGAAUUGGAACGUGAAAAUUGUAGAAUUUAUAAUCACAUAUUUGCAUCACAGAGAAUAAUUUAUAAUUAUGUGUCAAUAUUUUGUGUUGUUAAAUUGGACUUAAAAGCAAUGAAGAAACGUAAAAAAAUGAAAAAAAA